UGCGCUGUGAUUGGCUGCGGGCCUGAUGCAGCUGCUUGUCAACAAGAUGGCCUUCCUCAUCUCGCCGUUCUGACACUGAUUAUUUUGGUAUCCCGGAGAACAUACCGUUAAAGCGCGUGUCACUCCUAAAUAGAUAACGGGAGAGCUGCUGCCCCUAACGAGACAUAGAAUGCGCGAGAGUGUCCGGGCGGAGCUGGCACGCGCGGCCGCGGAGAGCAGCGGCAACAACUACUAGCAAGGUGGAGAAGAGAAAGUAGCUGGAGGCUAACGACGACGUUAGUCAGCUAGCCUGCUAGCUUAGCUACGUGGACUCGGUUAGUCAACUCGUGUCACCUGCAGCUGACCGAACCAACUGGUUUGGUUGGAGGAAAGCAUACCGAAGUAAACACUGUCACCGUCUGGUGUCGGCAGGGUUCGGAGGUCUACCCCAAGGUCUGUUGGGUCUAUGCCUGCUGCUCCCUCCAUCGCUGCCCAUCAAGCUGCAACGGCAGCAGAAAGCCUCCAUACAAUGAGAGCUCUUGACAUCUGCUGAUCAGCAUACAUGCAGAAAUGCCUCUGGGGUCCACAUCCUGAUGGACCGAGACACCUUUUCCCACAUCCGGCUGUGGUGCCCACGCCCUUUUGGCACCUACUCCCAGAACAAAGCUCGGAGUCCAGGCUCAGGGGGAAGCAGUGGAGGUGCUAGUGGGGCGGGGCCCUCGCUUUGCAAGGCUGAGCUAUCGCAAGGUGCCAGAAGGAGGGCGGAAGGUGGUGAAGAUGUAGGAAUGAUAGUUGGCAUUCAGGAAGGAGAUGGAGAAGAGGAGGACGUGGGCUUGGAGAACACUCCACCCGAACCUGAGCAUGAAUCCACAGCUCUGUCACAGAGCCAGUCUCCUCAGCUCCCUUCUUCUCCUCCUUCACCACAGUCUUCAGGGUCUCAGAUGGAAGAUGGACGUGUGCUGUUAGACACCUGGUAUGUCAUAAAGCCAGGGAACACCAAGGAAAAGAUUGCCUUCUUUGUUGCACACCAGUUCAGUGGAGCUGGCCAACCCAGACCAAGUGCCAUGAAGGUUAAAGGCAAUUGGGGAACUGACUGCAGUAAAGCCAAAAGACGAAGACGCUGCUCAUCCUAUGACCCUCCAACACGAUCUCACACUGUCAACCAUGACACCUCCCUUGAACCCACCAGUCCUGAUGAGUCGCAGCUCGGAGAUGCAAAUGAAACUGACCUGCUUUCUGUGGCAGAGAUGGUUGCCUUGGUUGAGCAGAGGACUGCCAUGGCCCUCCAGGGUAUUGCAGCUGUUCACGGGAACCAGCAGCACCACCACUCCCCUCCUACCACUCACAGUCAGAGCCUUACCCAGAAUCAACACACUGUCCUGCGUGGCACAGUGUCGGACCCCUCUCCUCUGGUGUUUGUGUCAAACAGCUCAAGUAAUCACUCCACCAGAGAGGCCCAGAAGCCAUCAUCUCCUAUCCACAAAGACCAGGACUUGGAAGAGCAGCAGGAGUCUUGCAGGGUAGCCCAGGCCAUUGCACACUUUGAGUCACAAAAUCUUGAAAAUCGGCUCAAUCUAGGUUCUGGCUCUGGAACCCCUCCGUUGAAUAAAGACAUUGAAAAGGAGCAUAGGAAAGGGGGCGAGUCGGGCACCGUCACACCUCCUCCACCUCCAAACCAUAGUCACGGUGAGGUUAGGAUAGCGUUUAGAGUGUCAAAUCUAGACCCGCGUUCUCAGCUGGAACCAGCUGGCCGGUCCCGAUGUAUGUUUAUGAGUUGCGGUGGGAGCAAUCAAGCACCUCCUAGAGCCAAAGAAAAGAUCACCUGCGACCUGUACCAACUAGUCAGUCCCUCCUCAAAAGAUCCCAGCUGUCUACUGCUUGCUGCCACAGCGGCUACCCCCAAACCAGAUGGGGACCACCAUCAUUCAGACGGCUCAGCCUGUGGCAGCACAGACCCGGUUCAGGAGAGCUGUUCUGGGGAAAAGAAGGGUUCUGGUGUAGGAAGAGAACGAGUUACGGGUUUCCACGUGGAGGUGGUGGUGACUGGUGCUGUUGACCAGUGUGUUUUUUAUGGAAAAGACAGCACCGAGAAUGUGCAGGAGGAGACGGUGUGUUUCGCAAUGCCUGUUGGGGCAGGAAGUAGUGGGGGUGUUGGAAACUCAUCUGAAUCCUCAUCAGAGGAUCCCCCUCCUGGACAGCUUUUUUUCCUCCAGCCCUCUCGGGGACAGGAGGAAGAAGGAAAGACUUCUGGCACAGGCUCAGGAAUGUGUUCUCUGGACUCUGCCAACAACAACAGUCCUGGGGCAGGGCUGGAAGUUGGCUCAGGUGAGCGGGCACCACGACCAGACUCUCCCAUAGUUGGAGAGGACUGUUCCGACCCCUCACUGUGCCGUCUCUACCGCCACGUGUCCCACGAUUUCUUGGAGAUCCGCUUUCAAAUCCAACGCCUCCUGGAGCCACGACAGUACAUGCUACUGCUUCCCGACCACAUUAUGGUUAAUAUCUUCAGCUAUCUGCCAACGCGCUCUUUGGCAGCCCUUAAAUGCACAUGUCACUACUUUAAGGCAUUGAUUGAGACUUACGGAGUGCGUGCUGUGGAUUCCCGCUGGAAUCAAGACCCUCUCUACAGGGACGAUCCCUGCAAGCAGUGUAAACGACAGUAUGAGCGCGGGGACGUUUCUUUGUGCCGCUGGCACCCCAAACCUUACCACCAUGACCUGCCUUAUGGACGCUCUUACUGGAUGUGCUGCCGGCGCACAGAUAAGGACACGCCUGGCUGCCGAGUCGGACUUCACGACAACAACUGGGUUCAGCAGCCUGCUGAUGGUUCUCAGCCAAUCCGCAUGAAGAGGGAGGAGAGGAGGGAGGAGGCCAGGUAAGGAGGUGCAAGUACACCUCAGAGACCAGCUCUCAUCUCAAUCUGCAUAUCCCCCUCUGAGAGGAGUACAAGGAGGAACCAGCACUCCAGGAGGUUUUCAUUCACCCUUCUUUCUCAUACUUGCCCUCAACGGAGAGAGGUUGAGUGGUAACAAAGGAAGGGAGGUGCAUCACACUCCUUGCCUUUUUCUCCUGGUCCUCUGGAAUCCCUCUCCCCCCAUCUGUGCUCCCGAGUGGCUGCAGAGACGUUUGCAUACCAGGGUUUGGGUCCUCUCCUGCUGCUGUCCUUCACCUCCAUCUCUGCCUCAUAAUUGUUUCAUGAUGCACAUGGAUGUUCUGUCGUUCAUGUGGAAACGUUGCAGUGUGUUUUGAUUUGAGAUUAGCCUGGAGAAAGUGACGCAUAGAAAUGUAAUGCCCUAGAGCCUGCUGACUCCUCCAUCACCUCUUUUUUCUUCUGUGUUGUCUCACAAACAUUAGCUGUACAGUGGUGCUGCGAGCAGAGUCCAGAAGAAGUGAACCCCUUCAGUGGUGAAUGUUCAGCAUUACAAUAAAAUGUGAUUGUAUGAAGCAAACUUGAUUUUUCCGUUGUACACAACGCCAUUUGUAGCUGUCCUUCACCAUUUGUUCUUCUGAAUGUGCUGUAAUGUUGUUCCAUUAGGAUGAUGAUGCUGCUGCUGAAACCAUUGCUUGUGUCACUGAUGUUCAUCUACAACAGCCAUACCAUUGGUAACUGACAGGCACAGUGUCUGCCAACAGGUGGGUCUGUGGAGACCCGUUCCAUUGUUGGAGUGGACCCUAACCUUGCUGACCUGCCGUACACAGGAGCCAGUGAAUCCUUGGUUUACACAGAUUUAUGGGAGAUGGACUUGAAUGGGAUAAAAAGAGAAACUUGAUGUCACUUUGGAAAGGCCUGAUGUCACUUUGUUUGUUUGCUUUUGUUUGCCAUUACUUUUUUUUUUUGUUUGGCUGUUUUUAUUGGUUUGUGUGUCCGAAUGUUUGCUUUUAUUCUGCAGGUUUGUUCUCCUCGUAUCAGUCUGUCGCCCAGCCUGCAAACUUUUGUUUCCUUUAUUGAUCUGACAGCCUUGUUUUAACCCCCCCCUGCCCUCCACCCUCUGAUUUGGCCGCAUGGACUGUUUCGCCAAAGCCGUCUGUCACGCUUUGAAGUGGAUGAAACCAUAUACCACAGACCGAAGACUCACCAGCUUCCAGCCUUAAAAGCCCCCUACCUCUGCCCCGCCCCCGCUGCAGGACACUGAGGCUCAGGUACCUCACAGCUGAUCAGUAGGAGUGCUGGCUUCACAGAAUCCUGUAAAUGCUAGAUGUACUCCAUCCAGCUCUACAGAAUCCAUCCAAAACAAUUCAUGUGGAUGGGUAAGGGCGCCACCAGGUGGUGGCUCUGCCUCCUCAUCCUAACAACAGUUUUCUUUACCUCCCCCACCCCCCAAGCUUUUACACUCCCAGACAGACUGGACCUUUGAGAACAGAUGUUAUGAAUGAUGCUGAAGCUGCAUGAAGAUGGUUGUGAUGGGAGACCUUUGAGGGUGCAGAUGUGUACUCAUGGGAAAUGUCUGCUUAAAUAAAACAGAAGUGAUGAUUAAACUGGAAA